UGAGCCAAUGGGAAGGGAUAUUUUCAGCUGAAGCUGAAGAAGUCCAGAAACACAUCACUAACUACACUACCAGCCCCUGAACACCUGAUGAGCCUAGCGGUGGAUACUCCUCGGAUCGUGCUGCUAAUAAGCGGCAAGCGAAAAUGUGGCAAGGACUAUCUUUCGGACGCGUUGCUCAAGCGCAUAGGUACAGAGCGGGCUCAAAUUGUGAGGAUUUCGGAGCCCAUUAAACGACACUGGGCCAACACAAUGAAGCUCGAUCUAGGCGAGCUUCUCGGGGAUAGUGCAUACAAAGAGCGCUAUCGACAACAAAUGAUCGAGUGGAGCGAAGAGCAGCGUCGCCGGGAUUACGGUAUAUUUUGCCGUGAAGCAUGCCGCACCAUCCUGCGGGAAGUGUGCAUCGUCAGCGAUGUGCGCCGUCGGACGGAUAUGCGUUAUUUUUUUGACACGUACGGCAAAGCACGAAUUCGAACGGUUCGCAUCGAAGCGAACGACGAGGCGCGCGCUGUUCGCGGAUGGCACUUUCAACCCGGCGUUGAUGAUGUGCCGUCGGAGUGUGAUUUAGAUGACUACAACGAGUGGGACCUGCGCAUCGCGAACGAUCGUUCGUCGAAUGUGGAAGACCUACUGGGGCAGUUAGUAAAGCUGCUUGACAGCUAACCGAAUAAGGAAACUCGAUAUUACAUGAGUAACGUAGAAAUCGUCCGCGGAAGCUUAUGGUUUGGGGAUAUUAGGAUUUGUAGGAGGAAACCAUUGACUAUGUUAUUCUAUCUAUGCAUUUCAGGUUUAAAGUUAAU